AUGGCCAUUGGCAAUAUCUAUGUCAUCGCCGGCGUGGCCGUCAUCGGCGGUGGCCUCUUCGGUUUCGAUAUCUCCUCGCUGUCUGCCCAGCUCGGGACACAGAGCUACAAGUGUUACUUCAACCAGGGCCCUGACGGGCCACCGUUCUCAGAUGCAGAGUAUUGCACUGGACCACGUCCCUUGGUGCAGGGCGGUAUCACAGCGUCCAUGUCGGCUGGCUCGUGGGCGGGUGCCCUGUUUUCCGGUCCGCUCUCUGACAGACUGGGCCGCAAAUGGUCCAUCAUCAUUGGAACAAUCUUCUGGGCUAUCGGAUCUGCCAUCUGCUCCGCUUCCCAGAACAUCGGCAUGCUCUGCGCUGGUCGAGCCAUCAACGGAUUCGCCAUCGGUAUCGAAUCUGCCCAGGUUCCCGUCUACAUUGCUGAGCUUGCGCCUCCAUCCAAACGUGGUCGCUUCAUUGCCUUCCAGCAGUGGGCCAUUACCUGGGGCAUCCUGAUCAUGUACUACAUGUCUUACGGAUCCUCAUUCAUUGGCGGGCGUACCGCGCAGACCUACAGCACAACUCCCUUUCGAUUGCCUUGGGCCCUUCAGAUCAUCCCCGGUCUCUUCCUCGGCGGUAUGAUGUUCCUGUUGCCCGAGUCUCCCCGCUGGCUCGCUCGCAAGGACCGCUGGGAAGACUGCCAUGCCGUUCUUACCCUUGUCCACGGCAGGGGAGACUCUUCUCACCCCUUUGUCAUGUCUGAGUUACAGGACAUUAAGGACAUGGCCGAAUUUGAGCGUCGCCACGCAGAUGUGACCUAUUUGGAUCUUUUUAAACCUGCCAUGAUCAACCGCACCCUGAUUGGUCUCUUUAUGCAGAUCUGGUCGCAGCUGACCGGAAUGAACGUCAUGAUGUACUAUAUCAACAACAUUUUUGCCAUGGCAGGAUACGAAGGAAACGCUGCUCUACUCGCCAGCUCGGUCAACUAUUGUAUUAACGUGCUAUGUACUCUUCCCGCCAUUAUCUGGAUGGAUAGAUGGGGUCGUCGACCUACCCUAUUGGUGGGCGCAUUCUUCAUGUGCCUGUGGAUGUGCGUCAAUGCCGGUGUCAUGGGGUCCUAUGGACGCGUCGUGCCAGGUGGUGUGGACGGAGUUCCCAGCCAGUCUAUGGAGGUCACCGGUGCCCCUGCCAAGGCGCUCAUCGCGAGCACGUAUCUAUUCGUCGCGAGUUUCGCGCCUACCUGGGGCCCGGUUAGCUGGGCAUAUCCUCCCGAGCUGUUUCCUCUCGCUCUUAGAGGCAAGGGUGUUGCCUUGGCUACGUCUGGUAAUUGGGCUUUCAACACUGCGCUAGGUCUCUUCGUUCCCGAGGCCUUUGCCAACAUCAAGUGGAAGACUUAUCUCGUCUUCGCCGUCUUCCUCUUUGCGGCAUUCUGGCAUGUCUUCUUCCUCUUCCCUGAGACAGCUGGGAGAACUCUCGAGGAGACGACGGCCAUCUUUGAGGAUCCCAAUGGCAUCAAGUACAUUGGUACUCCAGCGUGGAAGACACGCGUUGCUUCCAAGGCUUCCAGAGCAGCGGAGCGCGGCGAUCUUUCUGCCAAGUACGGCGACAAGCAGGCCAUGACGCCUCCCAAUGAGCGUGCCGUUCACUCCGAGACGAAUGUUUAA